AGUUCAUCGGAAGACCCGAGUGAAAGAAAAUAUCAAUGUGACACGUGCUUUAAAGACUUUCCAUGUAAAUCACAAUUACAAAGGCAUGUGAGAUCUCAUACAGGAGAACGACCAUUUCUGUGCGAGAUCUGUAAGAUGGCAUUCAAACAAAAGGCUCAUUUAAAACGGCACAUUGCAAUAAUGCAUUCGAAUGCGGUAACUGAAUCUUCGUCCCAGGAAUGUAUAGAACAAGUAAAACUGAAAUCAAAUUUGCAGUCUUCUAGUCAAACCUUGGAUCAUCAAACAACAAUGGAUCAAGCUGUAUUAAGUGCUGCCGAAAUUCUUCUCCAAAUGAGAAGGAGACUAGAGACAGACAAACAAAACACUUCGGAUUUGGAUAAACCAAUGAAAAAUUUAAAACUUUGUCAUAUGGAAAAAGAUGAAACAAAGACACAUGAAUGUACUUUAUGUAAAAAGAAAUUUCGUACAAAAUGGGAGUUAGAUAAUCACGUGAGGGUUCAUACUAAUGAGAAACCGUUUGUAUGCACUAUUUGCGAUAAAAAAUUCUCUCAGUCUUCAACUUUACUAAUUCACAAAAACGUACAUUUUCAAGAAAGACCAUUCAAAUGCAACUACAAAGACUGUACAUACGCUGCGAAAAUAAAACAUCAUUUAAUAAGCCAUGUGAAUCGAAUGCAUCUAAAACUACCACUAAAAUCGAAACGAAGAAACCAUAAAUGUGAUACCUGCGGUAAAAGUUUUGAAUCCUCAUCUGCUUUCAUAUGGCACCUGAUAUAUCCUAAAAGAAAACGACCAUUUUUAUGUGAUAUUUNAAUAAUAAAAGACACAGAACAUGGCCAAAAAGUGCAAUCGGAUGUUUUUCAGACACCAUCAACAAGUUCUGAAGCAAGAGGAUCAAUUGAAUCUGAACAAGUGGCUUCAGAAGAGAAUAUUUUCACACCAGGAGAAGCUGAAGAAUUUCUUAAAGAUUUUAACAUCGAUUUAGAAAUUAUGAAGUUUGAAACAUCCUCACAACUGGAAUUAUUCCCAGAGAUGGAAACCGAUGAAGAUAAAUUCGAAUGUCAACAUUGUGGACAACAAUUUUCUGACGAAAUUUCUUUAAAGGAACACGAGAAACAAUUUCACAAAUCUAGUUAA